UCAGCGGCUGAAAAUGCUUGCGUCUGGAAGGGGGCACGGAACUGCUGAAAGGGUUGACGAAUAAACAUCGGAGAUGAAGGGAAUUUGCACAGCGAAAUUGAAGCUACAGCAGUGACCUGUCGGUAUCACGACUGAUUCUAUCCUCCCCACAUAGCGAACGUCAUAUGAGGACUCACGGAGAAAGGGCUUUGGUCGCAGUAAGGUAGCGAAUGUAGGAGAGAGAGUUGGGGAGGGCUGUAGCUGCUGGGCUUUUUGGAGAAACAACAUGGCUGCGGCGGAGCUCGAAUGGAUCCCAGAAACAUUGUACAACACCGCUAUCUCGGCUGUGGUGGACAACUACAGUCGUUCAAGAAGGGACAUUCGCUCGCUACCGGAAAAUAUCCAGUUCGAUGUCUACUACAAGCUGUACCAGCAGGGAAGACUCUGCCAGCUGGGAGGAGAGUUCUGUGAGCUGGAGGUGUUCGCUAAAGUGCUCCGAGCCUCAGACAAACGACACCUCCUGCACCACUGCUUCCAGGCCCUCAUGGACCACGGAGUGAAAGUGGCUUCAGUUCUAGCAAACUCAUUCAGCCGUCGUUGCUCAUACAUUGCAGAGUCUGAUGCCCAUGUCAAAGAGAAGGCCAUCCAGUUCGGCUUUGUGCUGGGUGGCUUUUUGUCAGAUGCCGGCUGGUAUGGCGAUGCAGAGAAAGUGUUUUUGUCAUGCCUACAGCUGUGCACGCUCCACAGUGAGGUGCUCCACUGUUACAGAGCUGUGGAAUGUUGCGUCAGGUUGCUUCAUGUCCGCAACGGCAACUGCAAGUACCACCUUGGGGAGGAGACGUUCAAGCUUGCUCAGUCUUACAUGGAUAAACUAGCCAAACAUGGCCACCAGGCCAACAAGGCGGCUCUGUACGGCGAGCUCUGUGCCUUGCUCUUCGCCAAAAGCCACUAUGAUGAGGCAUACAGGUGGUGUAUAGAAGCUAUGAAGGAAAUUACUCCAGGGCUGCCUGUCAAAGUAGUCGUAGAUGUUCUCCGACAAGCAUCCAAGGCUUGUGUGGUGAAGAGGGAGUUCAGGAAAGCAGAGCAGCUGAUCAAACAUGCAGUGUUUCUAGCAAGAGAACAUUUUGGACACAAGCAUCCCAAGUACUCUGACACACUGCUCGAUUAUGGCUUUUACUUGUUAAAUGUGGACAACAUAUGCCAAUCGGUUGCUAUUUACCAGACCGCCCUGGACAUCCGACAGUCUGUGUUUGGGGGGAAGAACAUCCAUGUUGCCUCAGCCCAUGAAGACUUGGCUUACUCCUCAUAUGUCCACCAGUAUAGUUCUGGGAAAUUCGACAAUGCUCUUUUCCAUGCGGAACGUGCCAUAGACAUUAUAACUCAUAUCCUGCCGGAGGACCAUCUUCUGCUGGCAUCUUCCAAGAGAGUCAAAGCUCUAAUUCUGGAAGAAAUUGCCAUUGACUGUCACAAUAAAGAAACAGAAGAGCGCCUCCUGCAGGAAGCUCACGACCUUCACCUUUCUUCACUGCAGCUGGCAAAGAAGGCUUUUGGGGAGUUUAAUGUUCAGACAGCCAAACACUACGGCAACCUUGGACGGCUCUACCAGUCCAUGAGGAAGUUUAAGGAGGCAGAAGAGAUGCACAUCAAAGCCAUCCAGAUCAAGGAGCAGCUCCUGGGCCACGAGGACUACGAGGUGGCGCUGUCUGUGGGCCACCUGGCCUCCCUCUACAACUACGACAUGAACCAGUACGAGGACGCAGAGAGGCUCUACCUCCGCUCUAUUGCUAUCGGGAAGAAGUUGUUUGGCGAAGGCUACAGUGGGCUGGAGUAUGACUACAGAGGCCUGAUCAAACUCUACAACUCUGUGGGGAACUAUGAGAAAGUGUUUGAAUACCACAAUGUACUGUCCAACUGGAACCGACUGAGGGACCGACAGUUUGCUGUAGCAGAUGCUCUGGAGGACGUCAACACGACCCCCCAGCAGACCCAAGAGGUGGUCCAGGCAUUCCUACAGGCUCAGAGUCUUGGCCCCCACCGCCCAUGUCUUGGCUAACUUCCUUCUGCCCCCUCCCCCACCAAACAUAUUCUAAAAUGGAGAAGAAAAUUAAACCAGGUUUUAAUCUGGUGAGACCACAAACAAGAGCCCCAAUGUGAUGCUUCUGUUGCUCACUGUGAAUUAGUCAAGUAGAGUAAAUGUGACCAUCACCGGCUGGUUGGUUGACUUGAUUGUCUCUGCAGCUGCCAGUACUCGCACAGACACACAUGUAGUCAUAUAAAAAGCAAAAAGACACGACCAUUAAAGCUCAUUUGUUCACAGACGCAGAACAUCAUGCUACAUUUCUCCAGGAGGAGGAGGAAACCUUCACAGCCGAUGCUCCUGGCUCACUCGCCUUUAUCUUCUCAUGCUGAGAACUAGAAGACUUUUUGGGGGGGAAGUUAAGUUGGAGGGGCAUGAAGUUCUCUGAUACAAAACCAUAUUUCUUGGAGUGUGUACCUGGCAGUAUGUGAGUCCUGCAAGAAGCACUUGCUCUAAUCACAUCUUCUGUCGUCACAGAUGGAAACAGUUGGCUAUUUUUCACACUCAUCCAGUUAACUAAUACAACACAUUGUACUUUUAAGUUGAAGGCUUCUUGUAACUUUUUUUAUUGUAGUGGACAUCAAUAAACUCCUGCUUUUAAGUGCUUGUUGGCGUGAGAAAAGUAACAGUGGAAUGUGUUAAAACCAGCGGGUAUGUUGUUACACAUGCAUCAGGCUUCACGUGUCUCUUUUUUUCAGUUGUUUUUUUUCCUCAGCUCAGUAUGACAUGGCUUCAUUAAAAUAUCAACAAUUUGUAUGCUAAAGUGUAUGAUUAUGUAGCCAUUUGUUUUUGCUUUGUUACCCAGUCAUGAACUCUAAAACACACCUCUGUUAACAAAGGACAUGCAAGGAAGUGAGAAGAGGAACCUAUUUCAUGUGCAAAAUGUGUGUGUGUGUGUGUAUAUAUGUGUGUGACAGAGAGAGCAUGUGUGUUCACAAACAAAAUCUCUGGGUGCCCAAAUGCUCCACUGAAGACUACCAGCUUACAGUUAAAGGACUGCAGGGGGAGCCAUACUUAAAAGUGCUUCAUAAACUAUUCUACCUUUAAGGGCACAACCAAGGGGACCAAAGAUGUGCACGUGUGUGUGACUAUUGGCAGCCUGUCAGCUUGUCCAUUGGGCUUUCUAUCACUCCAAUUUGUUGUGUAUCUCAUUGCAGCAACAUACACACGUUUUGUUCUUUCAAGCUAACCGAGCCGCCAUCAAACCAGAAUCUCAUCUGUCCUGCAGACCUGCUGGUGUCAUUAUCCCACAGAAACGGAACAGGCUCAAAAUAACAUGGCGUAUAAUAUUUAUAAAAGCAAUUGAAUAUGGGUGUAGUCAAAUUAUAAAAUAUAACCCCUCACCAGACCAGAGUUGUUUUUAUAAUAGUGGAAUAUGUUCAUGUUUUUAAUUUUAGUUCUGUCAGUAGUACUGUAUUGUACAGGAGAACAUGUUGGCUGUGAACUAGAUGUGAGCUGCUUGCAUUGACCUGUACAAAAUUGUGCCAAAAAUUAUACCCAACUUUUUAUUUUUGCACCAUUUUGUUGCCCUCUGGUGGUUAAACUGUGUAGCAUCAUGAAAUGCUUUUUCAUUUAUUGCUCAACUUAAAAUCAGUGAAAGUAUUUGUUCCCUCUUAAAUAUUGACACUUUGGCAGAAAAAAGUUCAAUGCUUUGUGAAUCAUUGUCAUGCAUCAUUUCUGUCACUUAAAGGUACAGUGCAACAAUUUGAAGACUAUGUUUUGGAAGUUCUGGCAUCUAUACCUGCAGUUGAUGUUUAUGGAAACCACUUGUGUUCCACCUUAAUUUUAGAUUCAGUUGAUCCUGAAACUGGCUCAGUUGAUGCUGUCAGAGCAAAGUUAUUGUUGAAGACCUCUGUAGCUGUGUAGGGAAAUGACAGAUGGCAUGUACAAUUUAGGCCAGGCCAACAAGUUUAGACCGUAUCUACAACAUGAGUAAAAAAAUGCCUUGAGUUAACACUGUAGUGUUGGUGUUUUUUUUUAUUAAUAUUUCUUAAUGAAUGAAAAAAGUCUUAAGCUUUGCCUCCAAUAUGUUGUUGCAGACCUUUUUCCAAGCAUUCCACCUGCUAGACCAUUUCACUUGUGAUGCUUACAUCUCUGUGGGCUUAAGAAGUUGCAUAAACACUCUUUGCAACAGAAGUGUCAAAAAUGUGGAGCUUCCUUAUAUUUUAAUUGGAACACGUCAAUCCUUAUACCCCUUUUCUUUAAUUCUCAUCAAAUAUUGUAGAACCUUUGAAUUGCUCACAAGACCUCCUGCUUCUCAUACAGUGGGUUUUCUCUACCUGUGAACGUUGAGGAAUAAAGGGAGUAGUGUUGUUGCAGUGCUACAUGGUAGAUGAAGGCAAAGUAAAGCUGUAACCCCCCAGCCCAGUAGUCUCACCUGCUCUUUGGAUCAGGUGGUGGAUACCAAAUGCAAUGAAAGGAUGUUUUUGCUGUUGUCCUGUUACUGCUUCACUGUUAGAUGCAAAACAAACAUUAAAAAUGUAUAUUAUUGGCCACAAUA